ACAGCGAUCGAAUUCUCCUAGUCCAUAUCGAAAGUGAAAAAGGUUCCGCCUUCCGGCCGUUCACCAGUUUACUUUACCCCCACUGCACGAAGAGGACCGUAUUUUGCUUUGGGAGUAAGAAAAGACCCAAAUAAAAGGGAAGAAGCAUUAGCAUUCAAGAGGAUUGAAGUUGAAUCGAAUUGGAGGAAAACAAGAACAUGAAGAUCACUGUAAUGACUGCAGAUGAAAAUAUCAUUACCUUGGAGGUCGACCGCGAUGAAUCGGUCGAGAACUUAAAAGCUCUACUCGAGGUUGAGACUCAAGUGCCACUUAAUCAGCAACAACUGUUAUUCAAUGGGAAAGAGAUAAGGAAUGCUGAUAAACUCGGUGCUAUUGGUGUUAAUGAUGGAGACUUAGUGAUGAUGGUAGUUGGUGCCACUGCUGCUGCUUCGAGCAGUCCUUCUGCAAGAGACAUAGCACAGAAUCCAGAUGGGUCUGCUGUGAAUCCUGUGGCAUUCCAGCAGCACCUUCUUCGGGAUUCUAAUUUGAUGGCACAACUUUUCCAGGCUGACCCUGAACUAGCUCAAACUCUUCUUGGAAAUGAUGUCAACAGACUGCAAGAAAUGCUUCGACAACGUCAUCAGCAAAAAUCUGAAAUGCGACGUCGUCAAGAUGAAGAGAUGGCACUACACUAUGCAGAUCCCUUUGAUGUCGAAGCCCAGAAGAAAAUUGAGGCUGCAAUUCGCCAGAAAGGAAUUGAUGAGAAUUGGGCUGCUGCAUUGGAGCAUAACCCAGAAGCCUUUGCCCGGGUGGUUAUGUUGUAUGUUGACAUGGACGUCAAUGGCGUUCCUUUGAAGGCAUUUGUUGAUAGUGGAGCUCAAUCAACAAUAAUAUCUAAAAGUUGUGCUGAGCGUUGUGGAUUGCUGAGGCUUUUAGAUCAACGUUAUAAGGGCAUUGCUCAAGGUGUUGGUCAGACAGAGAUCCUUGGUCGGAUACAUGUUGCUCCAAUCAAGAUUGGAAAUGUCUUCUAUCCAUGCUCCUUCUUGGUACUUGAUUCUCCUAAUAUGGACUUCCUUUUUGGGUUGGAUAUGCUUCGCAAACAUCAGUGUGUAAUUGAUUUGAAGGAGAAUGUCUUGAGAUUUGGAGGUGGCGAAGUUUCAGUGCCCUUUUUGCAAGAAAAGGACAUUCCUUCUCGUGAUCAGGAUGAAGAGAAUCUGUUGAAUCAGGCAUCUGGCUCUGGAACACAAGUUACAUCUGGUGUAAAAGCGAACACUCCGUCGCAACCCGCUGGUGACUUGUCAAACAGCACCGAGUUUGAAGGCAAGGUAGCUCGGCUAAUAGAAUUAGGGUUUUCGAGGGGAGAAGUAAUACAAGCUCUGAAGUUCUUUGAUGGUAAUGAAGAUCAGGCAGCUGGAUAUCUAUUUGGAGGCUAAAUAAAGUCUUAA